AUUUAACGAUAAAUUCGUGUAUCUAGCAGGGCCCAAGUAUGUCGAUGGGAUUGCAGGUGCAGAUUGUCUAAGGCGUCAUGUCCUCCGGCUCUGAGAAGACCUACAGCUAUUCUCUGAACUACCAGUGGAACACCGGGGAAUUACUCGGGCGUGGGGCAACAGCUGUAGUAUACAAAGCCAGGAACAAGACAUCGGGAGAGGUAUUUGCUGUAAAGGUGUUCCACGAACGCGUUUCCGCUUUCCAUUCCUCUGUUCCAAAGCGUGAACUAGAACUUCUCCUGAAAAUGAAGCACCGCAAUAUCAUCGGCAUACUUGGGCUCGAGAAGGAGGUAACUACCGGUAAUGACGUCAUCAUCAUGGAAUAUUGCUCUGGUGGAAGUCUGUAUUCAAUGUUAGACAAACCCAAGUAUUCAUUCGGUUUUCCAGAAGAAGAGUUUCUUAUCGCCCUUCAUGACAUCAGUGACGGUAUCGAAUACCUCCGUAAAAUUCAGAUUACUCACAGAGACAUUAAGCCUGGCAAUAUCAUGCGGAAAAUAGACGAAAAUGGAAAGUCAGUUUAUAUGCUCACCGACUUUGGCGCUGCAAGAGCGCUAGAAGAAGAGGAAACAUUUACGUCUAUUUAUGGAACAGAGGAAUAUUUGGACCCAAAUAUGUACGAACGUGCAGUCCUAAGAAUGCCAACUGGAAACGUAUAUGACGCUGACGUAGAUUUAUGGAGUUUAGGUGUAACUAUAUAUCAUGUUGCGACUGGUUCACUGCCUUUUCAACCCUAUGGAGGAAGAAGUAAUGCUAAAACAAUGCACUAUAUAACGACUCAAAAAAAAUCGGGUGUAAUAUCUGGUAUACAGCGUACAGAGGGCGGAGACAUAGAGUGGCACACGGAACUACCCAGGACGUGUUAUUUAUCGUCGUCACUCAAGUCCUUAAUUACACCAAUUAUAGCCGGACUCUUGGAGAGUAAUCGUGCUAAACGCUGGACCUUUGACAAUUUUUUUAAAGCAACCUCUGAAAUAAUGAAUAAAAUUACUGUUAAAGUAUUCGAUGUAUCAACUGGACUAAAUGAUAAAAUAUACAUUGACAAAAGUGAUAGGUAUGCUCAAUUCCAAGAAAGACUUGCAGUAACAACAGAGAUAGCGGCCGGGGAACAACUUAUUUUAUUCCAUAACCGUGAAUUAAGUGAAAUAAUUGAAGGGACUCUAGAGAUGCAAAACUGGCCUAAAAACAUAUUACGUGGACAAUUGUAUCUAUAUCAGAGAGAGAAAUUAGACCAGCAGAGACUUGUUUUACCAGAAAUACCACCUUUGCCACAAUUUCCAUCCAAGGUCAACUUAGAUCGAGACUGUUAUGUUGCACACAAAAUGGCUGCCAUAUCAUGCCUGAUAGAGCGCUAUGUGGCGUCUUGUAUAACUCAACAAGAAAUAAUGCUGCAAUCUGAGACUUUUCUAAGGGAUUUUAUUUUACGGAUUACAAGGAAGAUAAAUAACUGUAUUCCGGACAUGUGCAAAGUGUUAAUGGAACAUAAAUCUCGUCAAGAGUUAUUCUACAGCUGUUUUGAAUCCAUGUGGAUGAACGGUAAUGUGAUACAUAAAGCUGUCAAAACCACAGCUAAAAGUCAACUUAAACACUUGUUGGACAAACUGCAAGAUGUUUACAAUGACAGGAAUCCAUGGACAGUUUUAAAUAAGGCGGAAUCUAGAUCACAGGAGUGUAAAGUUUAUAUGGAGGUACUUAUGCAGAAAAUAAAAGAACAGGAAGACGAAGCUAUAGCCGUAUGUGUCGGGUGUCUGGAAGAGGAUCAUUGUUUUCAGAAAGCUGAGUAUAUAAGUUCCAAGGUAUGUGAUAUACAUCACGUAUUCUUACGUCAAAAGAAGCAAAGGAUUCUUCCAGAAGAAGAAAGCUUUGGACAUGAAGCUGACAGAUCAAAACUGAUGGAUCUCUGCGUACAGAUUGUCUCCCUUUUACAAAGUCAUUGUUUAUUGAAUCUUACAAAAGUUUAUAAUGUCGUUGGAAAACAAAUAUCGUUAUUAUUAAAAAAUCUACAAAGAACUAAAAAAGUUGAACAGAAUAUAACAUCAGUUACUGAAUGUUGUGAAAAACUAAGUAAACGUAUGGGGAAGAUGGAAAAAGAGUGUAAAGAAGUUUCGGCAAAGUUAUCUCCGGUGAUACAAUUAAUACUUCAAAAUUCUCAUAUAUCCACAAAAGAUGAAGAUGAAAGUGGAUAUGGGAGUAAAUCUAAGGGGGCAGAUUCGGGAAUAGGAAAUUCUAAUGAACAUAAUCAAUACUCUGGCAGUUCAAACUAUGGAUUAAAAUCGACAGAAUUAAAACAAGAAAGACUUGGUGUACAAGAAUCCAUGGCUCUGCCGAAAAGUAUGCAGAGUAUUGCUCAUAAACUAGAAUCUGGAUUUCAAACAUUACAUGACGAAAGUAUAGCUAUUAGUGAGAGUUUAGAGCAAAACAAAAAGCUGAUGGAGAGACAAGCAGAAAUGGUGGAUGAACUUAAAAAUAUCAGGAUAUCAGGAUCUAGUGAAACAGAUCCCAACAUUUUACUAUCUCAAACAGGUGGCCCUGCAUUGCAGUAUUCAUAAGUCAAAAUUCAUAUG